CUCAGCCCUUUCCUCUCCAGCAUCAAAGUGAGUAAAUCGUCAAGUUUGCUGACAAGGUCCCAUCGCCCGUCUCUUUUCCCUCCCUUCCUUUUGUCUUUGACUUUUAAGUCACAGAUCUGCCGUCUCGAUUGUCUCCUCUGUUUCUCGCGAAGUUGAACCGCCCCUUCCUGGUAUUAGCCAGCCUUCCUCACCGAGCAAGUUUUUUUUCUUAUCACCAUCCUAUGGGAUAACCAACCUCGAGCCUUUCGUUUUGGACCUUUCGAUCCCACAACGAAACCACAAUGUCGAACAAGAAGAACGAGGAUCUCGAGAUGCGCGGGAAGGAUGAGAACCAGUUUGGUGAGAGGGAGAGCUUCCUGCUGAAGCCUGCGCCCCGUCACCGGGCUCGCAUCGAUAGCGGCAUGGGUAGCAUUCUCUCCCAACUCGAGAACAACCCUGGUGCUGCUGUUCUAGCCUACUGCUUCUCCUCGAUCAGCAUGACGGUCGUGAACAAGUAUGUCGUUUCGGGUUCGUCCUGGAACUUGAACUUCCUUUAUCUGGCCAUUCAGGCCGUUAUUUGCACGGCUGCAAUUCUGGUCUUGAAGCAGAUGGGUUUGAUUCCUAACCUCGCUGCCCUGGAAAGCGGCAAGGCCAAGAGAUGGCUUCCUGUGUCUGUGUUCUUCGUCGGCAUGAUCUAUACCAGCACCAAGUCUCUUCAAUUUCUAUCCGUUCCGGUAUAUACUAUCUUCAAGAACUUGACCAUCAUCGUCAUCGCCUAUGGUGAGGUCCUGUGGUUCGGCGGCAACGUCACCCCGCUGCUUUUGCUGUCGUUCGGCUUCAUGGUGCUCAGCUCCAUCGUUGCUGCAUGGGCAGAUAUCCAGGCUGCCCUCAAUGGUGUUGGGCACUCGGUGGAGACUGCCGCCGCUAUCUCAACCUUGAACGCUGGGUACGCGUGGAUGGGGCUCAACGUCUUCUGCACUGCCUCAUACGUCCUGGGCACGCGCAAGUUCAUCACCUCGCUGAAGUUCAAGGACUGGGACACCAUGUUCUAUAACAAUUUGCUCUCCCUCCCUAUCAUGAUCAUCUGCUCCCUGUUCACCGAGGACUGGUCUACAACGAACCUAGCUAAGAACUUCCCUGCCGAGUCGCGCAAAAACCUUGUGAUUGGGAUGCUCUAUUCUGGCCUAGGUGCCAUCUUUAUCUCAUACUCGUCUGCUUGGUGCAUUCGCAAGACUUCGUCAACUACGUACUCGUUCGUCGGUUAUCUGAACAAGCUCCCGCUGGCCAUCAGCGGCAUUGUCUUUUUCGAUGCUCCCGUCACGUUUGGUAGCAUCUCGGCGAUCCUCCUAGGAUUCUUUAGCGGCCUUGUCUACGGUCAUGGCAAGAUGAAGCAGAGGGAGCUGUCCAAGCAGGUCCUCCCCACCUCCCAACCGGCCAUGAGCGCCAGCUCUCAGAGGCAGAAGGAUCCAUCCAACCCAUAAGCCAAUACUUGAGAGUGACUAGAGAGAACUGGACGUAGAGGCAAAGAGUCAGCAGGGCUUAACAAAUUGUUAACCAGAUAUCCGCUGGAUAACCACCGUUUCAUUUGACUUCUUGCAUAUGAGUGUAUUCGACAACAUCCCUUUUAGGAUGCUACAAGCCCAUUCUGGUUCCGGCCUUACAGAGCCGACACUGCCUGGAGAAAUUAGAUGAGGCGUGCGAAGCUCACAGAGCCUGCGAAGGGCCAGC